CACCCACCCAACGCACCCCAACCUAACACAUCAUUCAUCCACCCAGUCGACCCAGCCCACCUAACGAACUACAUACCAGACUCCGCUCACGAUUUUCGAAAGCCGGUGACGCUCAUGAGUUCGACAUUUUAAUCAACCCGAUUAGUCAGGAAUAUUUUACCUCUAUGGGUAAAGGCAAGGGAAAGGCCCGCCGCGGUGGGCAAAACCGCGACCAGGACGACACACCGACUCCGCCCGAUUCCGGACGGCCAGCCUAUAUGACUGUCGGCAACGGAUCGACGUCAGAACAUGCCACAAGACUACAGUCGCUCAUAGACGACGAUUCAGGAUACGGUGGUAGCCUCAUAGACGGCGAUUCUAGCUCUUCGAACCGACCAUUUGGCUCCCAACGAACCGAUCCCACAUUAUCGCGAGAUAUGCCUUUCCAUCGUCAAUCUACCGGUAGUCCGGAGACCGAUCACCGAAACCAAGCUGCCGCCGUUCAUCAGCUAUGGUACAACAAACACCAGGCAGCUUUAACUCGAUCAAUCAGCCGAGUUGUCGAGCUUCUCAAAAAUCUUCAGGAAAUCAAUAUUUCUUGGCCCGCACACUAUCCUUCAGUCCAACGAAAUGACCCCUCUUCCGACCGACCCGGAUCGCGCCCUGCAUUGCAGCAUGCCUUCUCUGCUGCCGGAGAAUUAGCUGGCGAUCCAUCCUCUCCAUUUCACCCUCGACCAUUAAGACGAUCCAUGACGACUGUUGAAGAUGCUGAAGCCGAAUCUAGUCGAGAUGCCGAGAACAAGAGCGUAAUCGAUAGCCCUAGACUGUUCACUCCGCAGAUCGCUCAAGAGUUUUCGGUCUUGAAGUUGGAUCUCAAGUUAGGCGCUUUACACCAGACCGAACUUGUUCAUUCGCUCGAGAAAGGUUCAAUCGCCGCGCUGCUCGACGGUAAAAUUAGCUCCAGUAUUAAACAUCUAUUUCUACUUCGCGAAAGAAUAGAGGAUACCUCUAGCAAGGUUUUGGUGACUGGAGAUCUUAAUGCUGGAAAGUCUACAUUUUGUAACGCCCUGCUACGUCGCAAGGUGCUUCCAGAAGACCAACAGCCCUGCACCAGUAUCUUUUGCGAAGUCUUGGAUGCAAAGGAAAAUGCAGGUGUCGAGGAGGUUCACGCGGUUCACAUGAAUGCGAUCUACAACCGGCACGACGAGUCGACCUAUGACGUUUUUCCCCUCCAGGAACUAGAGAAGAUUGUCCUCGAUAACGAAACAUACAUGCAGUGCAAGGUUUACGUUAAGGAUGUACGAACCAUCGACGAGUCGUUGCUCAAUAACGGCGUGGUUGAUAUUGCGCUAAUCGAUGCUCCGGGACUCAAUUCCGACACGACAAAGACGACAGCUGUAUUCGCGAGACAGGAAGAAAUCGAUGUGGUCGUCUUCGUAGUUUCCGCUGCAAAUCAUUUCACUCAGUCUGCGAAGGAGUUCAUCUGGGCUGCUGCGUCGGAGAAGGCAUACAUCUUCAUGGUUGUCAACGGCUAUGACCUUAUUCGAGACAAGGAACGAUGCCAGAAAUUGAUCUUAGACCAGGUAUACGGCCUAAGCCCCCGUACAUUCAAGGAAUCGAGCGAACUUGUGCACUUUGUAUCCAGCAAUGCAAUCCCAACAGCUCCAUCGCCCCCCGGCGGCCCGGACGGAGGGGGGAGCGGGAGCUCGAGCGGAAAUGGAGACGACCCUAGUGAUGACCCUAAAGGAAAAGGCAAGGAGAAGGAAAAGGUUGAAGAUUUCAAGAAGCUAGAGCAGUCCUUACGGCGAUUUGUCUUGGAGAAGCGAGCACGCUCCAAACUUGCUCCCGCCAGAACCUACCUACUCAACAUCCUCAACGAUCUCAACGUACUUGCCACUGUCAACAAUGAGGUAGCUCAGUCUGAAUUUGAUCGGGUCGUCGGAGAGCUAGAAGAGAUCGAACCUCAACUUGAAUCUUCUCGCAAAGCAAUCGCCGCGGUUGGUGAUGGUGUGGACCAAACUAUCGAGGGAACAUGCAAGGAUAUCUACGAUCACACUCGGGUUUCUCUCAACUCUGCAAUUGCCAAUGCCGGCGAAAGCAAUCUCGGUGUGCCCUACCACGGUCUGUUCCACGCUUUUGAUUACGCCGAAGAUAUCAAAGAAGCAAUGCUAUCCAAAAUUGCGGAAUCUGUCACGUCUUGCGAGGAUUAUGCCCGGACGAGAGCUGUCGAUGGCGUAAACGUCAUCAAGCAGCUUGGUUUAUUGCAUCUCGGCAACGAAUAUCAUGACCUGAACUUCCGCUCCGAUGUCAUGUUCCGAAGAAGGCGCGACGUGCUAGCGAAGCAGGUCGAUGUACCUACUGAGCUGUUGGAUUUCGUUGAUUGGUCGUCUCUUAUGCAACGCCAAGAAAAGAUGGCUGGCACGGGUAUGGCCCUGACAGUUGCUACUGCCAUUGGCGGGCGCCUGGUUGGUGGUAUGGGAUGGAUGGACCACACAUUGAACGUUGUGAAGAUUGUUGGCAACGACAACCUCCGAAAGUUGAUCAUCCCCGGUAUCGUUCUAGCAGCCGUCUCAGCCGCAGCUUAUGUCAUCCAGCAAAUACCUCAUUCGCUGCCUCAUCGUCUCAACAGCAAAAUCUCGGCACAGCUGGCAGAAAUCGAUUAUGUCCACGCAAACAGCACUCGCAUUUCAGGUUCUGUGCGCAAAGUUCUCCGCUUCCCUGCGGAUAACCUUCGGGUAGACUUGACACGUUCCGUGGAGCAACUGGGUAAACGCCGAGAGGAAACCCUAAAGGUCCGUGGUGAAAGUGAGGUGGCCCUCAAGUAUUUCGGAAACCUCGUACGAGAGAGCGCCCAUCAACGAACCUUCGUCGAGGAUAUAGAUCUCGAGGCGCAUCCUCACCCUCAAGGAGGCCCCGGUAUGAGCAUUGCAUGAGACAAGACUUCUUUAUCUGUGUGGCAUAGGAAUGGCGUUUAGGGAAACACAGUCGAAUUAUGAGCAUGCCAUUUUGUUUGUUCCGGAGAUUGUCAUGUUUCACUCCUUGACGGCCGUGACGGAUGAGGGAUGAUUAUGAAAAGGGGUCAAUAAAAAAAGUUGGGAAGAGUGAGGUAGAAUGGCUAAUGGUUCUCAGGCGUCCAGAAUCAAUCGAAGGCAGAAUGAGAACAGAAGCUCUACUCUUCCAUGCGUGGUUUGUGGUUUGUGGUCUGUGGUUUGUUUUACUCCCUCCUCGAUUCACUUGUACGUAUUCUCUAGCUUUACUAAAAUGAUGACCCAAAAUUAGGAUUUUUACAAA